AUGAUCUCCAAAGUAUUUAUUGCCUAUAUUUUGAUUGCCCUUAGUACCAUCCCAACUUCCUCGGUCACCGCUGCCUCUGACGCCGAAGUUCCAGGAACCCUCACCCACCCACCCACUGGAAAUGCUACGUUAGCUCCGGUCGACCAAACCGCAGCCCAUCCUGCCACCCCAGCGAAUUCCACGGCGAGUGCAAAUAUCUCGGCUGCUGCCGGUCACCCUCCGGCCAAUGCCACCUCCGCUCCAACUGGAAAUUCUACGUUAGCUCCGGUCGGCCAAACUGCAGCCCAUCCCGCCACCCCAGCAAAUUCCACGGCCAGUGCAAACAUCUCGGCUGCUACCGGCCACCCUACAGCCAAUGCCACCAGUGUACCAAGAAACGGCAAUCUCACUGACACUGUUCAAAAGGAGCCCACUGGAAAUGCUACAUUGGCCCCAGUAAGUUCUACAGCGAGCGCAAACACCUCGGCGGCUGCCGGACACCCUCCGGUCAAUGCCACCAGUGUGCCGAAAAGCGGCAAUCUCACUGAUAUUGCCAAAAAGGAGAUCAAGACAAACGAAACCUCUGCUACUCCUCCCGCCCCGCGACCUCAUGUGGAAUCGCCACCUACGACAACUUGCUUCCACAAAAGUAAAUCACAUGGUAUUGAAAACCAUCAUUGCGACAAGGCCUUGGAUAAAGUAGUAUUUUCGACAAACCAAACUCUCGAUAAGUUUUCUAGUCUGGUUUUCGUGAAUUAUAAAACAUGCAACAUUCACGUGCAAAAGCCUCAGAAUGGAACUUUAACAAAGAUUGAUCUCAGCUUGAUGGUUCAUAACCUCACCGCUGACUGCCACUCCGUAGGAGGAAUGCGUUCACAAUCUUCGAAGGUCACCGUACGAAUUGAGCGUGGUACCAAGGAAAACAUACAUGAUGUUGACAUCCCAGUUUGCAAGAAACAGGAAUGUCCACUCACCCAAAGUGAUUGCUUGAGUGCUUUCUAUCAGCUCCCCACAAAUGCUAAGGGGGUAUUUGUCAACGGAAAAGGAAAAGAACCCUUCGCUCGCGCCACCAGCGGAAACUGCACCGUCACCGCGUCGACUACCGAUCUAUCUGCUUUCAUGAUGCCCCGACAGUUUGUCUUGCCUACUAUGAAGAAGCUCAUCAACCAAUGCGGCGAACACCCCGGCAAGAUAUACUUGAGCGGCGGCACAAAAGGGUACAACGGCGACAUUUGGCUCUCUGCUCGUGCAGCCAACAAGGACCUGUGCCACUAG